AUGGUUUCAAAAACAGAAGAGACGAAUGUCGCCUCGGCCGCGAUUGUAACUCCAGCUAGAGGCAAUUCUUAUGCGUGUGAAGUGCCGUCGAUGCUACCUGGACUGUGCGAUAUCAAAAUCAACCAGAACAUUGCAGCUCAAGGACACGGUAGUCUCGCUCUGGACACGGCACAGCGCACUCAGAUCCAAAAAGUCUCGCCAUAUAGCCCCCUACCGCCCGUGCUGGUUCAUUCCUUCUACCCGCCGCAUCUGCGGACGGUCAGCGCCAACACCCUACCUCAUUUCGUUCUCAACGGGUCGCUGCCAUGGGAGCGACCCGUGCAAAAUCUGCCAACGGAGCAACAGCAAGCCAACGGCGGCACACCAGUGCCAUGGCUGGCCCUGCUGGUCUUCACAGCCGACGAGCUUCAUGUCCCAGAAGACGACGUGCUGACGGUCAGCGGCGUUGUCGCCAAACCAUCCGCUACAAUGGCAAUCAACUUGCCUGUUGUUACGGUUAACACCUACGCGACGAAAUAUUCAAUGGCCAAGCCCUUCCCACUCGAAGUUGAAGGUGCAGUAAGCCCCUCAGCAGCAGAUGGGGAAUCAGAGAAGAAUAUGGCAAACUUCAUUUUCGUCAAACAACCCGUGUUCAAGGAAUACUUUACAGCACAAGAAGGGGUUGUGGAAGGAGAUGCCAGUGCCAACCUGCAACGAUACCCCUAUCUGGCCCAUGUUACCGACACAGAAGAUACUGACGACCCGGGACACUCUAAAAUAAAGGUUAGCAUGCUGCUCGGUCACCGAAUCAGACCUUGGGCAGCCCCGGCAGUUGAAGCGGUAUCCGGCGAGCAGCAGCACACACAGCAGCAACCAUUGCAAGAACCUCUGGAAGUCUACGCACAUUUGGUUUCACUCGAGCACAUACGUCACAUCAUCUCCGAUGCGAAAACAGGCGAUAACGCCGCGAGUGUAGUACCCUUAGUCUCCCUAUUUUCGUGGACUUAUAUCUGGGAUAUUCACGCCCCGACGGGCGACUCCAGCGACCUGUUCGAAAAACUGAACAUACGGCCGCUAGUCGUACCUCUGCCCGAUCUAUCGCCAGGUCACUCGCCCAACGAGGCCGAGACAUGGAUGCGCUCAUGGCUUGACUCAGGCUACGCUGUCGUACGCCAUCGAGAUAUCGCGGGGGAGGCGUCCAUGGCCCUGUUCCGCGGCCCGCUCAUACCCAAGCCGAGAUCGCAGCAGGGCAGUGGCAGCGGAAGGAUCCCCGUCAUCAAGCCGAGCAUGUACGGCACAGAUAUGCAGGUUGUCGAUGCCCAGACCAAGAUAGCCGAUGUGAGUUACAGUGUCGCGUGGGACCUGGGCCGCUCUCUUGCGGGCCGCGACGCCAAAUUCUCUCACGCUGUCUUGCGGCUUCGGAAAGAACUAACGGCGCACGCCAUGAUGAGGGCACGGGAGGUAGGACAGCCUAAUGUGAUCCAGGGUAGCGACGCACAGAUUGACUCCGUCCUCGGCAGGCUGGAUAAGCUGUUUGAAGGGUCGCUGGCCCAGAAGCUGGAGGGCAUGCCGGAAAAGAGGCCCAUUCGGUGGCGACAGUCACCCGCAAAGGAGGUCGUCUGCCCGGAGAUGACUGGUGAGCCGUCCGUCACCAUGACCGAGGCAAAACUGCGACGCCAUCUCGCGUAUCAGACGCGAAAUUGGGUGCAUGAAAUGGUCAAGAAACUUGCCCAUUCUGCAGAGGCCAACUUAGGCCAGUCUACUGACAUCGAGGUGCCAGCCUUGGGGGUCGUCAUCAAAUGGGUUCUCCAGAACCUGCUGUCAUUGAGUCUUGUCCCAGCGAUGAACAUGUUCCCAAACACUUCGGCCAUUACAGCAGAGAGUAUUUCCAUGUUUGUCGUUGACGAUAUUUGGGUCGACGCCCUGGUUGAUGGAGCCCUCAGCAUCGGCAACACGUUUGGAGGCUCAGACGAUCCCGUUCGUAAUGAAACCAGGAUCGCCAUCAACAAGUACAUUCUUCUUGCCGGGCCGGAGCGAGCGAAGAUCGCCGCGGCAGGAAUCGUGAUCAAGAGCCAGCUUGUCGAGUCCUUCCCAGAUCUCAAUGUCACCGCUAAGUGCGAUCUUGGCUCAGCCGUUAACCCGACUGUGAUGCGACAAGCCAGUCACGGGGACUUGAUUGUUUGCCUGUUCAAACGAACUACGGAACAGAGACUCGAGGAUUUCAAAGUGGACAUCAAACUGCCGCCUCAUCAGCAACGUUUCGCCAUCAAGGGCAUCAAGGCCGACUCGAUGGAGUUCGAUAUUCAGCUAGGACCAUUCCUGAAGAGCCCAGAAGGCUCCGAACCCAGUACAAAAAACACCAUCGUUGACGUGACGUGGAAGCGAGGUGAAAAAGGCUGCCCAUGGAGCUGGGACACGGGCAUGCUCUCGCCGAGUGCGAUUGUCAGCCUCAUGGAAUCGACUGGCGAACAGUGGCCCGGUGGGGGAUUCAAGAAGCUUGCGGCGGAAUCAGCGUCGGUAUACCUGGCAAUACAGCUUGCAGACCGCGGCCAUAGCCUCGAGAUCCCCUUCAACAUUAGGCACUUCCAGGACUGCGCAAUUAGGCUGCACGACCCGCGUACGCAAUCAACGCUUCUGAAACCCGGCGCCGGCUCCGAUUCGGGCUGGCGAACGGGCAAAUCGUGGUUCAGGAAGCGCGUCGUCUCGCUACAGUACCCGGACGAGUCGAUCCCGGCGCGGUCGCGAACGGCAUGCACGCAGCUCGUAUUCGCUGUUAAGCCGGUGUCCGAAGCGCCAGCAGGCCUACGUGUCGUCUCGCUGGAGAUCAUCAUCCCUCUGAGCGAGGGGCCAGACGACCUGCUCUACAACCAGGCGCCCCUGCCGCGCAUCAAGGCACUCAAGGUAGCCUGGACAUGGGUCGCGGCUAUCUUUGCCAAGUCCGAUCAGGAGCUGUCGUGGGUCUUGGGCCGCGCGCUGGCAGGCUCAAGCUGCCUGGUGCGGAUGCGGGCUUCGUGCUGA